AUGUUGAUUAGGGGGAUGCCUUCCUUUUUGCAAACCAUGUUGAUGAAGCUGUUGCUUGCUGUGGCUUUAUCAGUUUGGGCUGUGGGUCUAAGUAGCUCUCAGUCCUGCUCUAAAGAAGGAGCCAAAGUUUUAAACGAGUGCGGUGAUACAUGUUACUGCAAGAAUGGUCAACUGCAGUGUUGCCGACUGCGAAGAGAAUUUACAUCCAUGACUGAAGACGAGCGAACAUUGUACGUUGAAGCCGUAAGAGUAGCUUCAACCGAUCCUACAUAUCGAAAGGAUUAUAAGGCACUUAUUACUACGCACGAAAAACUCUUCAACGAAGGAAUUCAUAAUCAGGAACAGUUUCUUCCCUGGCACCGUUGGUUCACUCUUCAAUAUGAAAACCUAUUGCGUCGAGUUGACUGCCGCGUAACCAUCUCUUAUUGGGAUUGGAGCCUCGUCUCAGGUGAUCCAUGGAACUCUGACAAAGGUAGAGUUUGGUUUGACGGACCAUCUGGACUUGGAGGCGAUGGCGUUCCACCAUCUCUUUGUAUUCAAGAUGGAGUCUUCCGUGAAGAUCUUUGGAAUAAGACAAACGGGCAGUGUCUCCGAAGACUCUUCAAUGGUUUCACUCCAAAUGCGAUGGAUGUCUUCUUGGUUAUGGACCAGCCUGCUAGCAUGGAUGGUUUCAAUAGCUUCGAGGUUGGCCUUCGAGUGAAUCUCCAUGAUAAAAUUCACUGCCAGAUAGGCGGUGACAUGUGUUCACGUACCGCUGCUGAAGCUCCUGAAUUUUUCCUUCAUCAUGGCUAUAUCGAUAGGAUCUGGUCCGACUGGCAAAACAGAGGCCCAGAUUACUUGACCAUCUUUUUCGUCAACUUGACAGACCCCAUGAAAGGAACAGAAUAUAGCCCUAGAGAUUUUAUUGACAACAGGAAUCUGCCAAACGUAGAAAGUCCCGAAGGAAAGACCUGUAUUUUAUACCAAGCUCCCUUGGAACCUGUCUAUCGGGAGGUAUGGAAGCUCCUGAAGGGAAAGACCAGACAACAGAUUCUCAAAGUCCCACGAAACCCACUGGAGCCUCUUACUGAUCGCCAGAUGAGGCUUUUCCAUGUCAGCCCAGAAGAGCAAAGAAAAGCCAAAGAAAUUCUGCAGGGAUUGGAACCACGUUUCAAGCUGAAAGCUACUGCUCCACUUUUUGGAGAGGACAGGAAUCUUGGAUUCAGAUUGGCCUUUCUUCGACCCACCGAGGGGAAGGAAGCGCUCAUUCAUUAAAAGAAAAAAUCUUUCUGAGUGAGUAAGUGGUGGAUUUCUCAUAACAAACUGUAGAGAACGCCCUUGACAAUUCUUGCAUUGUAUUUAAAAGUUGUUUUUUUAUUCACAUAAAACGGGCAUCCAGUACUCAUAGAUAAAACUUUUAGGGUGAUAAUAAAUGCGGUUAUAGUUGAUAUUUUAGUGCAAAAAUGCAUGAUAACUAGAGUGGUCAGAGAUUGAACAAAUUUAA